AUGGCUGGAUCAGGGCCCGUCCUGUCAACGCCUGCUGAGCAUGUCUUCGAGGAUCCGACACCUCUGGUACCGGUCCCAAAGGCCAGAUUAACCGAUGAGCAAGUUUAUCUGCAGUAUGAGGUCCGGCGGACUGUGCAAGAAAUCAGAGAAGGACGAUGGAAGAGGAUUGCUUUGCAGUUCCCAGACGAGAUGCUAGUCGAUGCUCCACGGGUCUACGAGAGACUUCGCGAAGGAUUGAGAUAUGCAAGGCUCAAUGCUCGACAGAGGGUCCCUCACAGCGUCGACACUCUCGCCAAUGAUCUCAGUUCGACCACGAUUGAUAAAACCAUUGAUGGCAAUCAAGACUGGGCAAAUCUGGCGGAGUCAACUGCUUCAAACGAAGAAAAGCUUACAAUCCUGGCCGACACUUCCUACGGUGCCUGUUGUGUCGACGAAGUUGCCGCCGAGCACGUCGAUGCUGAUGUGCUUGUCCACUACGGUCGAUCUUGUCUAUCACCAACGGCUCGGCUACCUGUGAUAUAUGUCUACACUUCGAAGCUCCUUGAUCUUGAUGCUACGAUAGCGAUCUUCAAGCAGCUCUAUCCCAAUCAGGCCGAGAGAGUAUGCCUGGUUGCCGACAUACCAUUUGACCAUCACAUCUCCACGCUGGCCGAACGACUGCAGUCCGAAGGAUAUAUCCAUGUCUUUCCGACUGAGAUUAUUCACGAUCCUGCAUCGCUCAUACCAAAUCGCACUGUACCGUCAGAAGCCAUGAAUGAUCCAGACAAGUUAAGAGAAUACUCCAUAUUCCAUGUCUCUACUCCACCCAGCUCUCUUCUGCUUAUCCUCUCUUCCCGUGUCAAGGCUACACAUAUCUUACCCACGGAUACAAGCUCCCCCGAAACUCUCGAAGCAACGACACAGCCACUUCUUCGCCGUCGCUAUGCCUUGGUAACCAGGCUAGCCAGCGCAGGAAUCUUUGGCAUCCUUAUCAAUACACUUUCCGUGAAGAACUACAUGACCGCCCUUUCACACUGCCAGGAACUGAUCAGGAAUGCUGGGAAGAAGUCUUAUGUCUUUGUGGUUGGCAAGGUGAACGCCGCCAAGAUUGCGAACUUCAGCGAGAUCGAUGGGUGGGUGGUCAUUGGUUGUUGGGAGAGCAGUCUGAUUGAAAGCAAGGAAUUUUACAGGCCGAUUAUUACGCCUUUUGAACUUGAGGUGGCGUUACAGAGUGAUGAUACUAGAAGGUGGGGAAGUGAGUGGGUUGGCGAUUUUGGAACUUUGCUAGGCAGGGAGAAAAAUGCCAAUGGAGGCGGUGCACAGGUCGACGGCUCGGGGAGCCACGGAGAUGAGGUGACUGCCGGAAACACGACAGGCGACUGGGAUGAACAAGAAUCAGAUGACGAGCCACCAGAAUUCGACCUUCGCACUGGGCGCUACGUCUCCAAUUCUCGACCACUGGGCCGUGUCAAACCUGCUUUGACGAACAGCAAUACCACCGGCAACGGUUUUACAAGGUUCACAGCACCACCAAGCUCUGCACUAGUUCAAAGAGCAAAGGGCGAUAUCGCAACAGUCAACGGAGCCGUCUCACCAGCAGCAGAGUUCUUGCGUUCGGAGAGGACUUGGCAAGGCUUGGGAAGUGAUUUUGAGAUUGCCUACGAGCGAGAUGAUGAAGGGAAGAUUCAAGGUGCAGCGAUCGAGGAGGGCAGAGGUGGGGUGGCGAAGGGGUAUGCUGUUGGUGAGGAUGAGACUAAGACAUGA